AGAUAAGCUCAGGUCACAACAUUUUAAUCAAUCAAUAGCUAACAAUUUGUGAAUUGUGAGUGUAAUUUUCUUACAGUUCAAAAAACAAUAUUAAAUCCUAAAUCUUGAUUUUAUAAGAGAAGCGCCACCAAAAAUGGUGAAAGAUACCACCUACUAUGACAUUUUGGGUGUUAAUGUGGAUGUCUCUCCAGCUGAUAUCAAAAAAGCUUACUACAUCAAGGCAAGGGUAGUUCAUCCUGAUAAAAAUGUUGGUGACCCAAAAGCUGCAGAAAAUUUUCAGAAACUUGGUGAGGCAUACCAGGUCUUAAGUGACCCUGACAAGCGGGAAGCAUAUGACAAGCAUGGGAAGGAAGGAAUCCCUCAGGACUCAAUGGUGGAUCCUUCCGCUGUCUUUGGGAUGUUAUUUGGGAGCGAGUUCUUUGAAGAUUAUGUUGGUCAACUUGCUCUUGCUACAUUAGCAUCUAUUGAGAUUGAAGAAGACAGUGCAGACGCUGAAUCUCGCAAGCAGAGAAUUCAGGAGAAGAUGAAGGAAAUACAGAAAGAAAGGGAAGCAAAACUCAUCACACUUCUGAAAAAUCGCCUUGAACCAUUUGUUGAAGGUCAAGUGGAUGAGUUUGUGAACUGGGCAAGUUCAGAAGCACGAAGCCUCUCUGCAGCAGCAUUUGGUGAGGCCAUGUUGCAUACCAUUGGCUAUAAUUACACAAGGAAAGCUUCUAAAGAGCUUGGAAAAGAUAAAAGAUACAUGAAGGUGCCAUUUUUAGCCGAAUGGGUGCGCGAUAAAGGACACCAGAUUAAAUCACAAGUCAUGGCAGCUUCAGGUGCUGUUUCUUUAAUUCAAAUACAGGAGGAUCUGAAGAAGUUGAACCAAACUGAAAACAAAGAGGAGAAUUUACUAAAAGCCUUGGAGUUAAGGAAGGAUGCUAUGCUUCAAUCUCUUUGGCAGAUCAAUGUGGUUGAUAUUGAAUCGACUUUAUCGCGCGUCUGCCAAGCAGUACUUAAAGACCCUAGUGUAUCGAAAGAUGUUCUGAGAUUGCGAGCCAAGGGAUUGAAAAAACUCGGAACAAUUUUUCAAGUGAGUCGUGGGUGCUAAGUCUGCCUACAGUAGAGAAAACAGUCUGCGCCAUGAAAGCGACAAGAUAGUUGCGGGUUCGUCGUCAUAGUCAUAAUAAUUUUUAUUCUUUUCAAUCUCCUCUUUGUAGAUGCAUAUUUAUAGUGUUUGAAAUGAUUGCUUUUGUAUCUGUAGCUUCAUAUUCUUGUGUGGACCUGUGAACAUUUUAUGAGGUGACUAUUGUGUACUUCGUAUUGUGUUAAGAAUGAAAUGUUGAUUCAUUA